AAGACACCGCCAUACAGGUCACUUCUGUCCCCAACCACCACCACCUCGUCGCCAUCAUCCUUGCCGGCGUCAAAGGCAUCUUGCCAUUACCUUCAUAUCGUUUGAAGGCUUUGCACCCAAGGCAGUGUGAUUUCUUUAUAAACAACUAACCAAAACACAUUCGUUCGUUAUCGGAGGAGUCGAACCGCUUCACUACCCUUUUUAUAGGGUAUUCAUCAAUCUAUCUCCGCACCAGCUCUACUCGCCAAUAUGGCCUUUUCCCAGCCUUUUCCUUUGGCAGCAGGCGCUCAGAAAAUUCAACAGCCUACCUUUGGCCCAGAUUUAGCUGUCCGCCUCAUUUGUCCUGAAUGCAGGGACCCGAAUCCAAAUAUUGUCGAAGAGUUUGGUAGCGGAGAUCUUGUGUGUGGUAGCUGCGGCUUAGUAUUAGGCGACCGAAUCGUCGACACCAGAAGUGAAUGGCGUACGUUUGCAAAUGAUGAAGGAGACGACCCUUCUCGUGUCGGUGCAGCGUCAGACUUGGAAGGCAUAGAGCAACUGGAUACUGCCAUCAGCUUCCGCGAUGGUGGCUCGGGCAUUGCUCGCGAACUCCAGCGCGCAGCAUCUCGUUCACAGAGCUCGCGUUCAGAGCGUAAUCUCCUUGCCGCUUUCCGCGACAUUGGGAGCUGGUGUGAUCAGUUCUCUCUUCCCAAAACUAUCAGCGAUAUUGCAAAGCAGCUUUACAAGCGUUCGGACGAGGAAAAGCUACUUCGUGGAAAGCCUCUUGAAGCUGUCAUUGCUGCUUGCAUUUUUAUCGCUUGCCGUCAAGCUCAUGUUCCCCGAACUUUCCGCGAAAUCUGUAAUCUCACCCAUGUGUCGAAGAAGACUCUGGGACAGUGCUAUAAAGCACUAGAACAGGCUUUUAAUCUUGCGCCCGGUGCUUCUGCCCAUCAGUCUGCGACUGCUCCUUCAUCAGGACCCGAGAACCUUCUUGUACGAUAUUGCAAUCACCUUGAUCUCCCUCCUAACGUCCAGUCCAUCUGCGGCGAUAUCAUAGUCGAGGCACGAAAGCAUGGCAUUGCAGAUGGCAGGAGUCCUGUCUCAAUCGCAGGGGGAGCUAUUUAUUUUACCUGUCUCUUACUGGGAAAGCCGAAAUCUGCCAGGGAUAUCAGCGCUGUUGCAGGGGUCAGCGAGGGUACCAUCAAACUGGUGUAUCGUUUAUACUAUCUGGAUAAAGAGAAGUUGGUGAAGGAGGAGUGGAUAAAGGAUGGAAAAGCCAGUUUGGAUCGUCUUCCUAUAGAAACAUCAUCAAGAUAGUGGUAACGUAACAUGUUCGGACUUCUUCCUACCAUGUAUGUACCAUAACAUGUAGGCAAUAUUCAUUUUCAUUCAGUCACAGAUGAGAGCAAAUAUAUGAGCAUCAAGCAAAACAAGGGGAUCGACUAUCGUUUGCCACCUCGCCUACCUUUUCCAUCGCCUCUUGUUUGGGCUCUACCCAGUGCGACAGCUCCCCGGCCCCUACUUGCCGAGCGAAUUGCUUUCCGUACAUUCAGUACGUCGUCGCCACCGUUGGGUUUCUCUCUCUUCGCUCUCUUGACAUCACCAUCUAGCUUGGACAGGAUAGCGAGAGAUGACUGUUUUUCCCUUUCGAUUGGUAUCUCCGUUGGCUCAAACUUCCGCUUUAUGCCUUUGAGUUUCUUCUCACCGUCCAACUUCUUGUCGAAUUUACCCAUACUGGCUGUACUAAGGCGUGUGGUGGCGAGUGUUCUGUCGAUUUCCUUAUUCCGGUCCUGCCGCUCAC